AUGGCGGAGGCGGAGGUGAGCAACAAGAGGGUGAUCCUCAAGCGGCACGUGACGGGGUUCCCCACCGAGGACGACAUGGAGCUCGUCACGGCGACGGCGCGCCUGGCCGUCCCGCCCGGGUCGGCGGCGGUGAUGGUGAAGAACCUCUACCUCUCCUGCGAUCCCUACAUGCGCAGACGGAUGACCAAGCACCAGGAGCCCAGCUACCCGGAAUUCGUCCUUGGGGAGGUUAUAACUACUUUUGGCGUGAGCAAGGUGGUAGAAUCCGGGCACCCGGAUUUCAAGGCAGGUGAUCUGGUGUGGGGAAUGACAGCAUGUGAAGAAUACACCUUGAUCACUAAGCCUGCGUCGAUUUUCAAGAUCAACCAUCCUGAAUUACCGCUGUCUUACUACGCAGGUGUUCUCGGCAUGCCUGGCCUUACUGCAUUUUCUGGAUUCUUCAACGUGACCAAGCCAAAAAAAGGCGACUAUGUCUUUGUAUCUGCGGCAUCAGGCGCCGUCGGACAGCUUGUUGGGCAGCUUGCCAAGAUCACAGGCUGCUAUGUGGUUGGCAGUGCUGGUUCUGAUGAGAAGGUCAACCUCCUGAAAACAAAGUUUGGAUUCGACGAUGCCUUCAACUACAAGAAGGAGCAUGACCUCAACACGGCACUAAAGAGGUGCUUCCAGCAGGGCAUCGACAUCUACUUCGACAAUGUGGGUGGUGAGAUGCUGGAUGCAGCACUACUCAACAUGAGGCUGCACGGGCAGGUGGCCGUGUGCGGGAUGAUCUCGCAGUACAACCUGGAGCGUCCUGAAGGCGUGCGCAACCUGGCAUGCGUCAUCACCAAGCGCAUCUGCAUAGAGGGGUUCCGGGUGAUAGAGUACUUCGGCACCUACCGCAAGUUCGAAGAGGAGAUGGUGGGUCACCUCAAGGAAGGGAACAUUACAUACAUGGAGGAUGUCGCCGAGGGGAUCGAGAAGGUGCCGGCUGCCCUCGUCGGGCUCUUCUACGGGCGCAACAUCGGAAAGCAGUUGGUAGCCGUUGCACAGGAGUGA